CCAGUGCCGGCACCCGGGAACGUCAGCACGCCGCCGUCCCUAGACAGGCUGCGCGCCCGCCCCAUUGGGCGGAAGGAGAGGGCCGGCCCUCCCCAUUGGCCCGGCCCUCAUAUUGAACGAGCCAAUGGGAGCUGCGGUUUCAGGUCGCCAUGGAGACCGAUGCUGUUAAGAGCGAGAGGGCCAGGAGAAGGUGGGGAGUGAAGAUGAAGGUGUCUGUGGCCUCCGGCGCGGGAGGGGGUGGGGGGAAGGAGUAUUAGGGGAUUCCCGAGCUAGCGCUCUGAAAUCGGGCGGGUCUUGCUUUUGACUACUGCCAAGACUGUGCAUGGUAGGGCUUGUCCCUGGCGUCAAAGGCAGAAACCACUGAGCCCCUGGACUUCGGCUUAACAUUGAGAGCUCAGGAGUGGGCGGUUCAUUUUUCCUGCACCUGGGGAGCCUGCAAGGCUAUGCCCUUUGACCUUUGACAUCCGUGCAGCCCGAUGGAGAGGUGUGGCUGUGCCAUUCAAGCAGGAGGUGGCUUGAUUCUUACAAUGACGGUGGAAAUGAGCAGCGAGGACGUGGAUUUCGGAAGAAGCUUAUCGGAUAAAAUCGACAGAAAACAUGAAUAAAAGAGAUUGGCCAUUCAUGAUGAUUCAGAGAAAUGACAUCUCAGAUAACCUGGCGCUCCAUGUGAAAGAUGGGAUGAGAAACUUCAGGUAUAAGCCAGCAGACUACCAACAGUUACGCGCCUUAACCAAAGCCAGGAAGUUAGCGUCUGCUUCCGCAGAGCAGAAGAUCAGAAAAGCCGUGGAGACUUCCAAGGCAGCGAAAGAACAAAUGUUGAUCAAACAGCACAAACAAGUGUGGUGGCGGGAACAGGAGCGGCUGAGCGGACUCAGAUGUAAAUUGGAGUCUGAAAUAAAAUCUUGUCUCAGUGAGGAGAGCAUUGGAAAUGAAUGUUUUUGUGAGCUUAUGAAUUUUGAGCAGGAGCUGUCAGAACAAUGGUGCACAUAUCUUAAAGCUGCGAUCAACCCUAUUCAUCAACUGAGAGCAAACCUGAGGAGACAGCGCCACACUUCCCAGCAUGCACCCUGCCGUAAGGGGUCUAAUUCAGCAGUGGUUCUCGAAGAGGUUGACUCUGUCAAGAAACAAUCCAAGGCUGUCUUUGCAAGACUUGAUCAGGAGCGACAGGAAAUAGAAAAAGACCUUUCAGACUGGAGUGUGAAGUUACUAGAUUAUUCUUCAGAAGAAAAGGCUAACCUGCUCAGUGAACAGCCCACGGAGUUAGAGACUUUGGAGUGCCCAUACCCUGAUCUGAAAUCUUCCAUCCUUACUGAGUUCUCGAACUUUACAGAGAAAUAUCAAAAGAAACUUAAAGACGUUGAUCUGCAAUUAGAAGACAUACGCAGAAACUUUCAACUAAGUGAAGAAGAGCAGUGGAUUUACCAGGCUGUCUUAGAGCAGUACCCUGGAAAUCUCCUUGGCAGAAGGACUCUUUACUUGGACAUGUUACAAAGAUAUUUUCCUCACAAACCUAGGCAUCAUUUGGUAGAACAUGAGAAAUACUCUGACCAGUAUCGCUUUGCUGGAGAGCAGAGAAGAAUCCUGAUAGACAAUUGGGAAAAGAGUAGGAAAGACUUUAUACAGAAAGCCAUGUUGACCCUCCUUGAGGCCUGUGCAGCCCAUGAAGUGGAGAGCAUGCUGGCCAAGGACAGGAAGAGGCAGCAGGAACUGUGUGCUGAUCUGAAAGCCAAGGUUUCUCAAUGGCGAGCCCAUCAGGAAGAGCUAGCAAGACUGGAAAUGGAAAUUUCCGUCAGAAGAAGAGAAAGGGAAGAGGAGAAAGAGAAACUAUGGAAAAAGAAGGAAUUGCUACAAAGGGAAGAGGCAAAGAUAAAGAUAAGGAAAUACUGGGCUAAGAAACAACAGAAGUGGCAAGACAUGGAAAUGAGAGACCUCCAGCGUCUAGAGGAGCUGAAGACAUUAAUGGCUGAACAGUCAGUGAAAGACAGAGAAAGGGUUAAAUACAGACAAGAAUUGCUGGAGAAGCGUUUGAUGGAGAGAAAAAACAUGGCCCUUCAAGAAGUUCAGGAAGAAGAAGAGAGAGAGAGGCGGCUGGAAGCCCUUCGAAAACAGGUUGCUGUUGUUGUUCAAUCUGAUCCAGUCAGAAUGAUGUCAGAUACCAUGGCAUGGAAAGCUAGGACAGGCACUGAACGUGAAGAUGAAUUUAUCCUGCAAAAGCCACUCUUCACACUGACCACAUACAAUGAGCAGCAGAUAACUUCCGAUCCUAGACUUCGAUUUGAGUUAGCGCUUCGAGAAGCUGGACUCCAUAAGACACUGUACGCCAAAGAGAUGCUACCAAAAAUCAGUCCCCAGAAACCUCCAAGGAAGGACACAGAGUCUACUGUAUUCAAACAGUAGACUAGAGGACAUGCACAAACAUUAUAUGGACAUGGAUAAUGAUUAUCACCACGUCUCAAUGUUUAAAACCCACCAGACAUAAAUCAUAGCAUUUAUAAACAACUUUGCCUUUUUUCACUCUUCAAAGUUUUAUGCACUAUUCUAUUUUUCUUUAAGUAACAUGUGCUAUUACCAAACUCUCCAAAACUAUGGGACUUUGGUAUACAUGUUGUCAUUUGGUAGGGUGUUAUUUUGGUGGGGGUUUUUUUCCCUAUAAAGGGGAGCUCAAAAUAACUAUUUGUAGGAAUUAUAUGUUUCAUAGCUCCACUUUUUUUUUUGGAAAUUUGUUAUUUCACCAUUUGACUUUUAAUUAUGGAAGCUUCACUAUCACUAAUAUGUCUAUUGUUUUUUGGUUUAUUGUAAAGGAAGGGAUUGAACAUUCUCUAUAUUUAGGAACCAGCUUGGUACAUCAUGCUUACUACAAGCCAGUCAUCUGAACAAUCUCCGUUUGCAAAUUUUCCUGCAGAAGACAGUGGAAGUGGUGUCUCCAUCAUGGGAAUACCGAUUUUGUCUGGGAAGACAUGACUGUGUGGUUGUUUAGGAGGAAAAACUGAAAUUUUAUGAUACUUGAAAUAUUAUCAAAAGUUCCAAAUUACCCAAGAAAUACCUAGACGAUUUUCUUGAAGAGAAAGUAUCGAAGAGAAGUAUUUCAUAUAAAACUUACCCAUAAAUUUUUGACUAUUUCUAAAAAGUAAAAUGUGUUGUUGAAACUUCCAGUGGCUAGUAGUAGUAAGAAGACUAACCGCUUUCUUUGUCUUUAUUGCCAUCCCAUGUAUUUCUCAUCCACCUCUAGCCAUGGGGUUGUUGUCUGUAGGUAGUUUUGAGAAUGCUCUGAAACCACAAAAUCCAGGGCUGAGGACGAGGCUCAGUUAGUAGAGAGCGUGCCUAUACUGCCUGAAGCCCUGACUUCCAGCACCCUAUAAACUGGAUGUGGUAGCACACACCUGUAAUUCCAGCAUCAGGAGAUGGGAAGCAGGAGAAUCAGCGGUUCAAGGUCAUCCUUGGCUAGAUAGUGAGUUUACAGCCAGCCUGUAACACAGGAGACCCUGUUGAAAAAAAGAGGAAGAGAGGGAAGAGCCGGGGAGGGAGGGGAGGGGAGAGAGAGAGAGAAAAGCAGGGAGAGAAAAGAAAUAAAAACCAGUCUGACUGGUACUCUUCAUGAGCUCCCCAAGCAUCAUGAGUGUAAGUAAAAAUCAACCCAGCCUGUCAGGAUACAUUGCCUUUAUAAGAGGUUCUAUAGGGGAAAAAUCUUAUCCAUAUCCCACAAUUCAUCCCAAUGACUCCCUGCUACAGCUCUUUGCAUCAUUAAAAUAUCUCAUCAAAAAGUGGAGAGAACCUUAAAAAGAGGUGGAGAGUGGUGGGCAUGGAUUUGUCCUGGGGACUUUCCUAGGGGUCAAAACUGUUAUUUUAUGGGGCUCUGACUAUAAACCCAUGGAAACCUGCUGUAACAGAAAACAGGAAGAUUUGGAUGCCACUGAGCCUGUGGAUCCCUACAGAUGUGGACAGCCAUACCAGAGUCCUGGGAUCACGUUCAAACACUACUGAAAUAUUUAUUCUUUUUAAACUCUCUUAACUAAAGACUCUUAGCUGGUGCUGCCUUCUUAGUAUGUAGCACUGCCAUUCUGAGAAAAAGGAAGAUGUCAAAUGGUGUUGUUGUGAGGAGGACCGAGUUGUGAUCCGGGCAGCAGUCUAGCCAUUGGCUGUGCCCAGAUUCAGACUCUAACAAUUUUCUUUAUUUUCUAAAAAACUGUAUUAAUAGUAGCUAUUAAUCACUGAGUAUAAACUGGAUGCUUAGCAUCAGUAUGUGCUUUCCAUAUUAUAUUUGAUCAUCAUUACAGCCUUAUGAUAUGGUUCUUGUCAUUUUAAAGAUCUAGAAAUAUAAAAAAAAUCUAGAAAUGAGAUCAGAGAGAUGAAAUAAUAUACAUUUAUCAGUUGUCUUCAAACAGAGACAUUAAAUGAAUGUAGUGAGUCCUGACCAUUUUUAAGUAAAAUAUAAGAAAAUAAUCUGAAGUCUAAAUGAUUAAUGAACACACAAAAAGAUAAAAAUGCUUAUUCAGACCCCCAGUGAAAGACUGGUACCCACCCACCAGAUGAACAGCACUGCCAAUGGAUGUAAUAGCCACAAGAAAAUGGGAUGACCGCGUGUGGUGGCAUAGGUCUGUAAUCCCAGCAUUUGGAAAGGGGAAGCAGCAGGGUCAGGUUAUGGGAUAAAUCUUUGGAGUCUAUUUGAUAGUCAAAGGAAUUUAUCUGGAGGUUAACUCACAACCAGAGUAAAGGAGUUGGUUGCAGAAUCCUGGAGGGGUGGGGCACGGUGGAACGUGGUUCUCUGGAGAACUCUGCCUUGAUCCGCAUCAGCAUCCAAGACCACAAAGUAGGGAAGACAAGAGAGCAUGUACAAGCAUCCCAGGUCUUAAGGAUCCUUGGUGGCCACGCCCAAGAAGCAAGUACCUAGCAGCUACUAGGGGUGGUACUUCAGGGCAUGGCACAAACAACCCCCCACUACACUCAGGAAUUUGGGGUCACCCUCAGCUAUAUAGGUGGAGGCUAACCUGGGCUACAUGAUACAAUGUCUCCAAAGCCAAAAGGGCACAAAACAGCUCUGCGGUGGAACACACCUGUAAUGGGAGUACGGGGCAGGUAGAAGCAGGAGAAUCAGAAGUUCAAGGCUAGUCUCUGGUGUAUAGAAGUAAAUCAGACACUGUCUCAAAAAAGAAAGGAAAAGAAGAUAGGAAGCCUGUGUGAGUGUGGACUGGAGAGCUUGCCUGCUGAGGUCAUGGUUUUUAUACCUUUGAUUCAGCAACUCUCCUCGUAGAUGUGUGCUAUUGAAAGUCCACUGUGUCAGUGUGGGGGGCGGCAGAAACUGGGGUUCAGAAAGAAAAACAAACUAAAUUUCAUCAGUAGCAAACUGGACAGACAUAAAAAUCAUGGUAUAUUCAUUUAUGGAAUUACAUAUCACAAAGGAAAUGGGGGGAUUUUAUCGAUAUGGACAUUAUAUUUACCAAAAGGGGUGAAGUGUCAUAUUUCAUUUCUCUAAAGAACAAAAACCUGCCAAGAUAAUCUAUAUUGCUUAUGGAUACAUGGGAGGCAAAACAGUAGAGAAAAGCGAGAAAAUAAAAAUCAAGACGAGGAUUACCUUGGGUGGCCAGGGAGACAGGCAGGAUUGAAGACCCACAAGCUCCUGAAAGUGUUGUAUUGUUUAACCAGGGGUGUGGCUACAGAACAUUUCUGAUCAUUUUCAGGUCCAUGUGCAUAUUUUACAUACAGUUACAUGCCAAGUAAAUUCCACAAAAAUAAAAAAGGAAUAUAA